AAAUUCAAAAUUCGUAUAACUCUGGAUGGAUAGGAAACGAACCAAAAAUAUGAAGAAUUCCGCGUUCCCUAAAUUAGGAAUCGAGGGAACGCGGAGCGCGCCUUCGGCGAUUUACAAUCAUAAACCGUGGUUUGCUUUGUACUUAUCGUUCGAGCAUGGUUUUAUUAUGAUUUUUGAGCGCCAGGUGGCCGCGUUUUUGCUGGCCAUUCGUAUAGCGGUGCAAUUUACUGAACGCCAUUGCAUCGAUAAAUGUCACGAGGUGCCGAUAUGUCUAAGAGAAAAAAUGCGACGGUUAAAAAGGGUCGGUCAAAAUCUAAAAAAGUUGAAUACGAUGAGGAGGAUAUUUCGAGCGAACACGAAUCCGAUGUUGAGGACGCCGAGAGUGGCACUAAUGUCGACGGUGAGGACGCUGCCGAAGACGAUCUUACCGAUGUCUCCAAUAUACCUGAGCUGCCGUCGCCAGAGGGAGGCUGGGGUAAGCCUGGUACGUUGCUUAUGUGUGGUCUAACCAAUUGGGAAAUGGCAGGACGUAAAGCACCUCCCAAAUCACUCAAGACUAAUGUUGGACGUAGUUUGUGGACACCGCAUACUUUUAAAAAUUUAAAUGGAGCUCGUAUCAGACUGAUAGCUUCCGGACCUGCUGCCUCUCAUAAUAUUGUUGUUACUGAGGAUAAUAGAUGCUUGACUUUUGGUAAAAAUGAUAAAGGUCAAUUGGGUGUUGGUGAUACUAAACGUCGGGAUGAACCAACCGAAGUAGAAGCAUUAAAGGGACACACUAUUAUAGCAGCAUCUUGCGGUCGAAAUCAUACACUUUUUUUAACCAGCCGUGGUUUAGUAUUUGCUGCCGGGGACAAUAAGUUAGGACAGUGCGGGGUAGGAAAAACUGAUCCCUGUAUUGUUAAAGCUACAAAAGUUAAAUAUACCGGACCUCCAAUAGUAAAAGUAGGAUGUGGGGCAGAAUUUUCUAUGAUCUUAGAUAUUAAGGGUGGCCUACACUCUUUUGGAUGUCCAGAAUAUGGUGUAUUAGGUCAUAACACAGAUGGAAAAUAUUUUAUAACUAAUACGAAGAUGGCGUUUCACUUCGAGAAAGUGCCUAAGCGAAUCGUUUUAUACGUAGAGAGAGGUAAAGAUGGUCAUGUUACGCCAUUAGACCGUGUGGAAAUCACAGAUUUCAGUUGUGGUCACUAUCAUACAGUUGCUAUUGACAGUAUGAAUCGUGCUUUUUCAUGGGGAUUUGGUGGAAUCGGUCGAUUAGGCCAUAAUGAACAAAGAGAUGAAUUAGUACCACGUUUAAUUAAGUUUCUUGAGCCGCCUAACCGAGGUGUUAGAUCUGUUGCCUGUGGUAGUACUUACAGUAUUGCAAUUAAUGUUCAUGGUUCAGCACUUAUGUUUGGACAGACUAAACGUACUGGAGAAGCUAAUAUGUAUCCGAAACCUAUUCAGGAUUUAUCAGGUUGGGAAAUCAGAUGUAUUGGAUGUUCACAAAGUAGUAUAGUUGUUGCUGCGGAUGAUUCUGUUAUUGCCUGGGGAGGUAGCCCCACCUUUGGUGAAUUGGGUUUUGGUGAAAUGCGCAAAUCAUCAACUACUCCUAUGGAGGUAAAAGCCCUAGAAGGUUUAUACAUUACAGCUGUUACUUGUGGCGUCUCUCAUACAUUAAUGAUCUGCCGAGAUGACACUGAAGAGGAAAAAGCUAAAAUUAAUAAACUUCCAGUAUAUUCUGUUUAAUUAUUAGAUAAUUAUUUGGAUUGAUAAAUACAUGGGGAUAUACAAUGCUUACCGUCAAACCAUUAUACAAACAAACAUUGGAAAGAAUAUUUUAAUUCUAUAUUCAAACGUAAGUAAUCAUAUCCCAAUAAACAAGGUCAGCCUAACAUCAGGGAUGCAUUGUAAAAAGAUUUAAGCUAUCUUUGCUUGGGUCCAGAAACAGUUGCAGCAUAGAAAUGCUCAUUUCCUUGAGACAAAGUCUUUAGCAGACUGGAAAAUACGUCCAUAUGAAACAUAGACUUAGCUAUUACUCUACUUUGUACUUCCAAUUUUUACUUAAUCUGUAAAUGACAGUUCAUCUGUAAUAGUAAUCCCUUUCUGUUAGUAGCUCAGGAUAUAGACCAAACAGAUAGAUGCAAAAAUAUAUUUUGAUACGUUGCUAUUUUAUUGGAGUUCGCUGUAAAUUUAAAUUACAGCGAUAAGUGAUUAUUUGUAUGAGAAAAAGUGCUGGGAACACUGGAAAUUGUUAAGAAAGUUUUUUAUUUCUAUCAUUCAUUGUAGUGAAUUUAUAUUAUAAUCUUGUAAUCUAUACCAUUGAUUCAUUACGGUAGUACCUGAAUCAUUGCACCCAUAGAAAUUUUUAUAUUACAUAUGUAAGUACUAUAUAAUACAUGACGUAUAUAGAGAUACAUUUAAAUAAUUCACAUGUCCAAUGAUUUAUAAACAAUAUGUUAACGACUUAAUAUUUAUGGUCUAUGACCAAUAAUUUUAUUUCAUUUUAGCCUGUAAGAUAUGAUAGCUUCCUUGAAACCAGCAUUAUUUGUCAUACCAUUUUUUUUUUAAUGAAAAUUAACUUCUUUUAUCUUAUUUUAUAUAUGACAUAUAGGAAGUGAAGUUUCAGUUAACAUUAUAUAUUGUUGGCUAUUGUAUUAUUAUACAAGGCAUUC